AUGAUCUACCUAGAGCUUCCACAGAACGGAAAAUCAAAAGCCAAACGAAAGCCACCUGCUUUAAUCUCAAAGCCGAAAGCGGACCGAUCAACGGCCUCAGACAAACCGGUGCCUAAACUUGAGAGCGAAACUAUUAUUUUCGAAAAUGCGCGCUGCAAAGUUACCAAGAUCAACCGCGAUGGCGAGGUGUUUGUCGUCAAGACUUGCCAACAACCUGACACUAUCGCAGCAGCAGCUGGUGAAUGGACGAUCGAGCACAGAAUACUCAGUGAGCUCCGGCAUCCGAACGUGAUCCGGCUCCUCGACCAUAAUGCUCGAUUGCUAGCGCUCAGGCUUGAGCCCCUAGGCUCUGACCUAGGGAAGCUAGCCGACGAAUCGGGGAUUUCAACCAUGUCGCCCGAUGUUCAAGACCGAGUCUUAUGUGGUAUUAGUAGCGUUCUCAAAUUCAUCCACCGGAAUCAUGCAACCAGAUACGGCCAGAUUCAUAACGGCGGCACGCCAUACUACAUCCCUCCCGAGGUCGCCCUUCUAAAGAAGCGUGGCCCUCCCGGUGACAUCUGGGCCUUUGGAGUCACUAUGCUCUUCGUCUUGAAAGUGAUUUCUUUGCCAAAGGGCCGCGGCUGGCUUAUUCGUGACAUUCCUAAAGGGAUUGGAGAAGCAGCUUUUGCUUUAACUAGAUGGACGAUCGAGAUGGAGGAAGCGGCGCUCAAACUUCCGAGUGGCCAUGCUUUAGUACAACGGAUGCUGGAGCCCGAUCAGCAAAAGCGAAUCACGGCGGCUGAGGUUCUAGCUGGUCUGACUACGCCGGCGCAUAUGGAAUUGCAUCCACCACAAACUAAUUGA